GCGGGGUGGGGCAGGGCUGUCCCAUUCCCCAGCACACACCUCCUUUGCUGAGAAAACGGGGCAGAGGCGCGCGUUGGCCAGAGAAGGGACCAACCGAGUUCCUCCCUGGCCCUUCCUUUGAGCCUCGGUCCGGGUCCAUGGCUCCCGACUCCGGCCUCUCCGCCUCUCCGGCUAAGUGGGAUGCGAGCGAGCGCGGGGUCCGGGGCUGCGCGGGGCGGGUGCCGAGCACAUUGCUCCUGCUGCUCACCUACCUGACUUACCUGGUCCUGGGCACCUGCGUGUUCUGGGUGCUGGAGAGCCCCGCGGCGCACGAUUCCAGCAGGAGAUUCCAGCACGAGAAGUGGGCGCUGCUGCGGAACUUCACGUGUCUGGAUGGCCCGGCGCUGGACUCGCUGAUCCGGGGCAUCAUCGAGGCAUACAAAAAUGGGGACAUCGUCCUUGGCAACACCACCAGCAUGGGACGCUGGGAGUUCGUGGGCUCCUUCUUCUUCUCCGUGUCCACCAUCACCACCAUCGGCUACGGCAACCUGAGCCCCCGCACCAUGGCCGCACGGCUCUUCUGCAUCUUCUUUGCCCUCGUGGGGAUCCCGCUCAACCUCGUGGUGCUCAACCGCCUGGGGCACUGCAUGCUGCAGGGCGUGCACCGCUGCGCCCGCAGGCUGGGGGGCGCCUGGAAGGACCCGGCCAAGGCCCGGUGGCUGGCGGGCUCCAGCGCCCUCCUGGCGGGCCUCCUGCUUUUCCUGCUGUUGCCCCCGCUGCUCUUCAACCGCAUGGAAGGCUGGACCUACGUGGAGGGCUUCUACUUCUCCUUUGUCACCCUCAGCACCGUGGGCUUCGGCGACUACGUGAUCGGAAUGAACCCCUCCCGGGAUUACCCUCUGUGGUACCAGAACACAGUGUCACUGUGGAUCCUCUUUGGGAUGGCGUGGCUGGCCUUGAUCAUCAAACUGAUCCUCUCCUUACUGGAGGCUCCACGAGAAUCGUACUCCUGCUACCCACAGAGUUUCAAGGGGAACUUCAAGCCCCAAAGCUGGAGGCAGAGCCUGGAUGAGGAGGCAGGACCCCACUCCCCACAGCCAAACUGCUCUCCAGAGGGGCAGCACCCAGAACCUUCUACUCAAGUCUCAUGCUGCGAAAAGGACAGCUAGCUGUAUUCCAGCAUUUGUUCCACUUUCUCCUUCAGCAACAAGAUUAUUGAUUUUAAGUUCAGCAUAAGACCACCCAGACUAAAGUUUACAGUUUUUGGUCUUCCCUUGAAGCUAGGUGCAGCUAUAUGAUUAAAUUUCAUCCAAUGGGAUAUACAGAGAAGUAAUCUGUGUGACUUAUGGAUGUGACUUACAGUGUGUGGAGGGUACUCCUCUUUACCACUCCCUUCUAGCUGGCUGCAGUGAUGGCUGGAGCUCUGGCAGCCGUGUUGCACCAUGAGUUGGAGGCCAUGUUUGAGAUUGGUGACACAAUGAAAUAGAAGGAGCCUGGAUUCUUGACAUUUGCAGAGCCACCAUAACAAACCUGGACUGGAUUCCACCAGACUUCAUUUGUAUAAGAGAGAAAUAAAAAUUGAGCUUAUUUAAAACAC